GUUAGUUUCACUGCUUGAACGUGGGGCUUGGUGCGGCCCUCAACUCCGAGUCCGGGGCGAGCCCAGAGCGAGUGCGGGAGGCGGAUCCCGGGCGUGCGGGAGGACGGUGUCUGCGCACGGGGCAUGAACCUGGAGGGCAGCGGCCGCGGCGGGGACUUCGGCAUGAGCGCCGUGAGCUGCGGCAACGGGAAGCUGCGCCAGUGGCUGAUCGACCAGAUCGACAGCGGCAAGUACCCGGGGCUGGUGUGGGAGAACGAGGAGAAGAGCAUCUUCCGCAUCCCCUGGAAGCACGCGGGCAAGCAGGACUACAACCGGGAGGAGGACGCCGCGCUCUUCAAGGCUUGGGCACUAUUCAAAGGAAAGUUUCGAGAAGGCAUCGACAAGCCAGACCCUCCUACCUGGAAGACACGUUUGCGAUGUGCUCUGAACAAGAGCAACGACUUCGAGGAGCUGGUGGAGCGGAGCCAGCUGGACAUCUCGGACCCCUACAAAGUGUACAGGAUCGUCCCCGAGGGCGCCAAGAAAGGAGCAAAGCAGCUGGCCCUGGAGGACCCACAGCUGCCCAUGAGCCACCCCUACAGCGUGACAGCACCUUACACCCCACUCCCGGCUCAGCAGGUUCACAACUACAUGAUCCCGCCCCACGACCGAGGCUGGAGGGAGUUCGUCCCCGAUCAGCCGCACCCAGAGAUCCCGUACCAGUGUCCUGUGGCCUUUGGACCCCGCAGCCACCACUGGCAAGGCCCAUCCUGUGAAAAUGGUUGCCAGGUGACAGGAACCUUCUAUGCUUGUGCCCCGCCUGAGUCCCAGGCCCCCGGGAUCCCCAUAGAGCCAAGCAUAAGGUCUGCUGAAGCCUUGGCGCUCUCAGACUGCCGGCUCCACAUCUGCCUCUACUACCGGGAGGUCCUGGUGAAGGAGCUGACCACGUCCAGCCCCGAGGGCUGCCGGAUCUCCCAUGGGCACACCUACGACGCCAGCAGCCUGGACCAGGUCGUCUUCCCCUUCCCGGAGGACAGCGGCCAUCGGAAGAACAUCGAGAAGCUGCUGGGCCACCUGGAAAGGGGCGUGGUCCUCUGGGUGGCCCCUGACGGGCUUUACGCCAAGAGACUGUGCCAGAGCAGGGUCUACUGGGACGGGCCCCUGGCGCUGUGCAGCGACCGGCCCAACAAGCUGGAGAGAGACCAGACCUGCAAGCUCUUCGACACUCAGCAGUUCUUGUCAGAGCUCCAAGCAUUCGCCCACCACGGCCGGCCCCUGCCGAGGUUCCAGGUGACUCUGUGCUUCGGGGAAGAGUUUCCAGACCCUCAGAGGCAACGGAAGCUCAUUACAGCUCACGUUGAACCUCUCCUCGCCAGGCAGCUGUAUUAUUUCGCUCAGCAAAACAGCGGGCAUCUCCUGAGGGGCUACGACUUACCCGAGCACGUGGGCAGCCCGGAGGAUUACCACAGGUCCAUCCGCCACUCCUCCAUCCAAGAGUGAGGACCGUCAGGCCAGACACUGUCCUGUAAAUACCUGUCCUAGGACAGCUGAUGGAACCCCCACUUUUUCUUUCGGGGAACCCGGGGCUUCAGUUCAACACUUGAGGGGAACGUGUGGAAAAUCUGCCCCACAUGACUGACAGACGAAAGGGAGCACCACACCCAGCACCGUCUGCAGACCCCGUGCUGAUGAGAAUGUGAAAAGCACAAAAAUCAGCUUAUGUUUACUAAAGUGCCGUCUUCAGUUUGAUGUGGACUCUCUCUUGCUUGAAGUCUGAGAAAACCUUUACCAGUGCUGACCACCAAGGAAGGGUCCGAGAGCCGCGCUGUAUCUCAGGGAAGUAAAACCCGAGUUUCCGCCCCAGGAGAAAUGGACCAAUAUCUGGAAACAGACUCUGCCUGAGGGCAUCACUCCCGCCGCCUGCCCUCCGGCCCUCCCCAGGGUGGGCCCCAGGCCUCCUUGCGCAGACCCCCGCCCGCUCUCCUGGGUGUCCCUGAAGCCAGUUCUAGACUCAUUGCUAUUUUUUUGAGCCAAAGAGCAUUAGGGCUGCCCCUGAGUAGUGUAUUUGCCUGGUAACAAAUGGUUAAGACAUUUUUUGUUUGCCAUUUUGUCUCUCAUUCUGUAGAAAUUAUUGCUAAAACGUUUUCUUAAAGAGGGAAAAAAAACCAGGUGAAUAACGCAAGUACUAAAGAUGUAUUUUGAAACUUGAAUGACAUUUCCCCUCUUGUCCUGCUUGUUUUGUUUGGUGACCAGUUGUCCAUGACAACACUAGGGCGGGGCCGUGCUUGUCCGAGGGUGAGCCCUGCGGGGGGUGGGGGGGCUUCACAGAUGCGUAACUGCAGACUCAGUGCACCGUUUCUGCUUAUUUUGUGCAUUACAUGCUUCCUCAUGCCACUAAUGGUCUGAUGGGGCCUUAGAACUACGGGCUUUCCUCAAACACAUCUUUUUAUAGAACCACCAAGCCCCCCACUGGCUCGAAUAGACCUGAUCGCUUACUUGUCCCAUUUGGAAAAGUGCAGGUGUUUAGAUGGUGAUGCAGCCGCCGGUGUUUCUGUGCUACCAGGAAGUAACCGCCACUGUGUCAAGGCUCAGCAAGAGCCCUGCGCCUCCCCAGUGCGCACCGCUCUUCCUCGUCUUCACUUCUUCAUUCGUUCAACAGACAGAUUACAGCCUUUAUCCGAUUUAGUGAGCAGUGAAGCUUGGAAUGCCAUUUCUUUUUCUUUUUUGAAGGAGUUUUUAGUAAUAAAAUAAUACAGAUUAACUACAGAAAAUGUAAACAGCAUAAAAGAACAAAAAACAAAACAAAUCUUCCUUUUUUCCAGCCCAAAUCCUCCUCCCUAGAACUGUGCACAAGAAGCAUUGGAUUCUCCCAACACAUUUCACUUUUCUAUAAACUUACGGAAAUUGAAGAGCUCCGGGCUCACGACGCACUGGCUUCUGUGCUCCCUAAAUCCAGCAGUACAGAGUUACCUCGUUCUUCUCAGAGGGUUAGUGGGGACCCUUCCACGGGGCUAGGACACCCUGCGGGGGUCCCUCAGCCGCUCAGGAUGAACCUGUCUGACAGUAGACGGUGUUCCAUGGGCAGCAGUGACUGGCGCAUCUCAUAGAUGCGAGUGUUUGGGGUAUAUUACCCCGGGAGGAGAUGGGCGGGGGUGCCACUGUGGCUCGGCUGGCUCCCCAAGCAGACCCUCAGUCUCAGUCGGUAUUUGGACCCUUUUCUUUCUUUCUCCCCUUUUUAGUAUCAAGCUGCUUUGCUCUGGGGCCACCUUUCUGCAGAAUGCUGUUGGCCUGGGCCAGGCCCCUCUGGUCAGUGCACAUUCGUGUGUACUUUAGUUCGGAGAGACCCAGAGUGUGAGCCUGUAAGUGAACUAACCAUGCAGCCGGCCAGCAAAGGGUCCUGACAGUUGUCUCAGGACCUUGAGAAGGGCCUCCUUCCUUGACCCCAGACUGUUCUCAGCGGAGGGGGCUGUGGGUUUAGGUCCUUGUUCUGAAGAGCUUGGAGAUGGCAGGGAGGAAUGUGUGAGUCCCAGGCAGUCUUGUUCUUGGGAUUUAGUAAAGCUGUGGGCAGUGACUGUGUCCUCUGACCACUGCGGAGAGCUCGUAUGAGACCAGAGCCCUGGGAGCCCCUCGGUCGCUGGCAGGCGGGGCAGAGAACCAGCAGGACGGUCGUGUUUGCUGUGUCUGAGCCGGAGAGACUGCUUCCCCGGGAGAGGCUCCACUGCCUGCCAGGGCACGAGCCCACGACGGCGCGGGCGUCACAGGGACACAGCUGAGCCCGGCCGGAAGGAGAACGCGGCCUCAGGCUCAGGCGUGAACAAGGCUUUCCUUCAUGUCACUGCGUGUGAGCCUCGGUGCGGGUCUGAGGGGGCUUGUCUCAAGGCCGAGCAGAGUUCCAGGCGCGGCUGGUGCCUGUGUGGGCUGCACCAGUGAAGGUCUUUUGUUUGUUUGUUUAUUUGCAUCAGUCAUUUUUUUUAGUAAAAACCCAGAUGCAGUUCAACCCGCUUUCAUUCCUGUUUGGUCCCAUUUUUCCACUUCCCCACAGGUGAAUGCUUUCCGACAGUGGUGAGCUCCCUUAAGCUCUCUGUUCUCAUGGCGUGUCUCCCUAGACAGUCUGUAGCUAACUGGUGCCGACUAAAUGCAGCUCAUUUCGCACCUUGCCUUCCUGUCUGGAGACUGGCCGGUGGCAGCAUGGGCGACCGCACCCCUGUUGACUCUGGAUGAGCCGUCACAGGAGUGCAGCCCCUGUCAGCUUCCCUGCUGUCCACCCCUCCAUGUGGGGGAGGGGGUACAGCCAAUGUGGAGAAGACACAGGAGGCGUGGAACAGAAAAUAAACUGUAAGCUCACACUUUGCUUCAGACUCUUGGAGAGGAGCGGGGCCUGGCGGGCAGGGCUGGCUCCCGCGUCCCUCUGUGCAGAGGGAGAGGACGCGGUGGCCUCUGGACUUCACCCCAAGGCUGGGCUGGUUCAUCUUGCUGCCCAGUCCUCGGACAACUGUACGUGAUGCUGUCACGAAUUCUGGUGUAAAUCGCUUUUCAAAGCAGAUUGACAUUGGUGAUAAUCAUAUGUUUUAGGCACUUGACAAAUAAAGACUUUUUAAGAACACAA